AUGGAGUAUUGCCUGUUGGAUAUUGGCGUACGAAAAACGACGCUUGUGAACGAACACAUUCCAACCAACGCACUAUCGAACAGCAGCAAAGAAGAGCCCUCAGCAUCCGCAAAUCUACCAGCACUGCCGCAUUUCAAGCAUGAACGCCAAAUUUACAAUCAACUAGACCCGGAAUUGAACGUGUAUUCCGUUAUUCGUGAUAUCCGCCGCGUACCCGAAUACGAACUGCGCGAAAGAACUGACGCAUACGAUUGCAGCACUGUUAUUCUUGGUGUUUUUCUGCGUAUUCUAGAUCCAAAUGAACCCAUCAACUACAGCUGCACGAAGCAAAGGCAACGAAUGAUUGCUCUGCUAUUCGAAGAACUUGAACGACGGUCCAUAGUCGAGGAGGAGCUGGGGAAAACAUCGACCACACCCGACCAAGAGGGUAGAAGAGCUCAUUCGGUACAACAGUUUUAUGAUCAAUUGCGAUCAUACCAUCAAGCACGAUCCAAAGAAAGUGACUCUUCGUCAGUGUUAGACAAUGUACAACAUCCGUACCUGCGCCCAGUUUUGCGUCCGUACCAACAAGAAGCCAUCAGUUGGAUGUUUCGUCGUGAAACCGAUCCACAAACACUGCCUGCCCAGUACGUCCGGCUACGGAAUCGUUCUCUAGCGGAGGUGGACUUUUUUAUGGACCUGUACGGUUGCACCGUAAGUGACACACCACCCAAACCUACUGCGCUGCCCGCUGGUGGCAUUCUUGCCGAUGAGAUGGGAAUGGGAAAAACUGUCGAGAUACUUGGUUUGCUGCUGCUGAACAGGAAGAACGAUUACAGCCAAGCAAAGACACGAUCGCAAUCGUCGGAUGAUUCUAUGACGGACGAUGACGAUUCCGCCGAAGUGUUUCCACUGAAAUGUUUUUGCACUAGCACGCAUCGGAGAAAAACAAUCACUUGUCGAAAGUGUGGCCGGCUGCAGCACCGUAAGUGUGUUCUCAAACACCACCAACCCAAACAAAACAUACCCAGCCGGUACAUUUGUCCGGAAUGUUGGCGUACGGAACCGCUGGUCGAAUCCGGCGCUACCAUAAUCGUUUCACCGGCCUCCAUCAAGCAUCAGUGGGAGAGCGAAAUUCGGAAGCACGUGUCCGAUCCCAACUUUCGGUUGUUUGUCUACAACGGUGUCACGGAUGCGCUGGGCAAGUGGAUUAGCCCCACCGACCUCGCUUCGUACGAUGUGGUGCUGACGGAUUAUAACGUGCUGAGACCGGAAAUUUACAUGAUUGCGGAAAAUGCACGCACUUCGCGGCACGAGAAGCGUUUUCUCGUUCCUACCACACCGCUUACCAUGAUACGUUGGUGGCGCGUUUGUCUCGACGAGGCACAAAUGGUUGAGGGAGUGCACAGCAAUGUGACAAAGAUGGUUAAAGCCCUGCCGGCAGUGCAUCGCUGGACGGUGACAGGCACACCGAUCGAAAAGACGGUUGACAAUCUGUACGGUUUGGUGCACUAUCUCGAUUACGACCCAUACAGUUGCUGGCCGGUGUGGUCACAGUACUCGACACGCUUUCAGAGCGGUAAUGCUGAACCGCUGCUUACGAUGAUGGUACGCGUGAUGUGGCGCACGUGCAAGCAUGCUGUUCUCGAUCAGCUGAACAUUCCGCCGCAAACCGAGCGCAUCCACCACAUCCGUAUGUCGGAUCUGCAAAGCUACUUCUACCGCGGUGAGCAUAUUCAGUGUGCGCAUGCGUUCCGUGACAAGGCACGCAAAAUCGGACUCUCACUACGGAUGGGUCAGAUGAACAUACAUACGCUGAAUUUGCUACUGGAACCGCUGCGCAAACUUCGAAUGGAUUGUACCAUGCCGUCCGUUUUGUACUCAGGUACCACGCUCAACGCCAAGAAGCUUCUGACCCCUGCCGAACUGCACGAACAUCUCGUCACGGCGAACGUACACAAUUGCAAAGGGCAACUCCGGUCGGUCGUGUCAUCGUUGAACGGCAUGGCGGCGGUACACAUCCUUCAGCACGGCUACAGUCAGGCCUUCCGACUGUACCAAGCUAGUCUGCGCUGGGCCGACGACUAUCAGGGAACGAUUAGUGUCGAUACGUUGCUCCAGAUACACGCCAUACACAACCUGCUCGAUCUUUCGCGUUGGUAUGAGAACAGUCUCGAUUCGGAGCUAAAACCCACGGCACAGCAGCUUCACGACUACGAAGAACGAUGUGCCCGGCUCGAGUGGCGCUACAUUGAACAGUACGCCAGCAAGGUUCGCACGAUCGAGACCGCUCUACGGCCAGCGAUACAAAAGGUAAAUGAGCUGAUUGCAUCUCAAAACAACCAACCGGUAUUGGUACGGCUCGAUGGCGCUUGGUGGCACGAUCUGUUAACUGGCUUCGAAAUGGACGAUACGUCACGUCACGCUACGCUCGAGCACCGUUUGUUCCGCGAGCAGAAUCUGCUAGAAAACACGGGCGUCCGUUCAUGGCGCUCGAUGGAUCUUUGGUUGAUGAACUGGUUGGACAAGAUAGUCGAAAGGCGCCGCAAUCUUAAGAAAGGUUUCCAAUCGCUCGCCUUCUUCGUGGACAAUCUCCAACCGAAUCACCUCUGGUCGGAGCAAACGCGCACCGCCAUUGAAGAGCUGGUACGGACCGCCUAUGCAUGCCACCUUGAUCCCGCCCUGUUCGAGGAGGAUGAGAAUGGAAUGCGAACUGAGGAGCGUCGGGUGGCAGCGGGCAAAUCGGACGCACCCGUAUGUCUGCUUUGCAAGGUGAAGGACACACUGAAUCAAAUGGAAGCGGUUCUGUUUCUCAUUAAACAAACCCAAGCUGCAACCGGAGGGCUUUGGCAGGUGUCGGCACAGGAACUAGUGUUGAAACAGCUUCAUCAGUAUGCCAAACGGCAGGAAGCGUAUGAGCAGACGGUCACGGAGGGUGAUCACUUCCUGUCGUUUCUCGAACGUAUUAAGCUCGAGUUCAAAGAAUAUUCGCAGUACUGGGUGGAAAUUAACUACACCGUCGCCGCGUACGAUGAGCUGACCAUGUGUAAGUCCCGCCUGCAACUACUAACCGCAGCCGAGUAUCAGGAGAUGGAGCGCACGAAGAAGAAACGGACCCUGAUGCAGCUGCUCGCAUGCGAACUCCCCGAUACGAUGGCCGAAUUGAAGCUAUCGAAGGCAACCGCCGAACGCGAGUUCAUAAGACUCAAGGGCACGCUUAAAUAUCUCGAUCACCUGGGCGCGAGGAAAGAAAUCGAUCCGUGCCCAAUCUGUCAAAUCAUUCCGAUGGGAAAGUAUACCGUGUUACAGUGCGGUCACCAUCUGUGUAGCGUGUGUUCCCUAAAGAUGAUAAAGUUGGCAAAAAUGAGCGGCAACGUUACCACGUGUGUCAUAUGUCGACACGCGCAACAAGUGAAGGACAUGCAGUAUGUCACAAUGACGGAAAAUAAAAACGUGCAAAUAGUGCGCGGAAGCUUUUCGGACAAAAUCGUCAAAAUCGUUGAAACCGUGCUCGAACUGAUAGAUGCCGAGGCGGACGUAAAGAUUGUGAUAUUCUCCCACUGGGAACCGAUCCUUAACGAGCUCGGUGUAGCGUUGGGGAAAAACGAUAUCAAGUAUCGCCAAAAGUCCGCCAAAUUCUACCAAAGUGUGGCAGAGUUUAAGGACUAUGCACUGGGCAUCACGUGCCUGCUGCUUCCACUACGGUACGGAUCGAAGGGAUUGAAUCUCACCGAAGCAACGCAUGUGUUUCUGGUCGAACCGAUUUUAAAUCCAGGCGAAGAAAUGCAAGCAAUUGGGCGUGUGCAUCGAAUCGGACAGACGCGACCAACAUUUGUCCAUCGGUUCAUCAUGCUCGAAACGAUCGAGGCAACGAUACACGAAACUAUUCAGGGAGAUCGCAGCGGCAGAUGGCUAUCGAAGGAUGUGACGGUGGAGCAGCUGGAGCAGUUAUUUCGACUCGAUGACGCAAACAGUGAUGUGAUAGUACUAUAG